AUGUCGAUAGAAGCCGCAAAACGUUAUGGGAAGCGUAUCAUCGGUUAUCCAGAGACCACUGUACCAGUUGCCUCCAGCAUCGAAUAUGUCACCUCAUCAUUCAACAACCCUACUUCACGCAUUAAGACAUAUGUGAUCAGUCUAUUCCCCAUUUUGUCGUGGAUUGGAAAAUACAACCUCGGGUGGCUCACUGGUGAUGUAAUUGCUGGUAUUACUGUCGGCAUGGUAGUUGUACCGCAGGGAAUGUCCUAUGCAUUGAUCGCGACUUUACCCGCGGAGUAUGGCCUAUAUUCAUCGUUCGUUGGGGUCCUCAUCUAUUGCUUCUUCGCCACCUCCAAAGAUGUCUCUAUUGGGCCUGUCGCUGUCAUGUCUCUUACUGUAGCUCAAGUCAUCAAGCAUGUGCAAGCCCGUGAUCCCGGUCAAUGGGACGGACCCACAAUUGCAAGUUUACUUGCUCUCAUCACUGGAUUCAUUGUCCUUGGAAUUGGUCUCCUGCGCCUCGGUUGGCUGGUGGAAUUUAUCUCUGCGCCAGCCGUUAGUGGGUUCAUGACAGGUUCCGCCAUUAGCAUCGCAGCUGGCCAAGUACCAGGAUUAAUGGGAAUAACUGGAUUCGAUACUCGUGCUGCCACAUAUAAAGUCAUUAUCAACACGCUUAAGAGACUGCCAAUUACUAAAAUUGACGCAGCGUUUGGGAUUACUGGCCUUGUCAGCCUGUACGCUAUCCGCUACUUUUGCGUGUACAUGAGCAAGAAGUAUCCCCGAAGAGCUCGUCUUUUCUUCUUCAUUAGCGUGUUGAGAAAUGCGUUUGUCAUUAUCGUCUUGACUUUGGCUGCCUGGCUGUACUGCCGUCACAGGAAGACCGCGGCAGGCAAAUAUCCAAUUAAGAUCUUGCAAACCGUACCUCCAGGCUUCAAGCACGUUAAGCGACCUACAAUCGACGAUCGACUCCUCGCUGCGAUGGCCCCUGAGCUUCCUGUGGCAACAAUCAUUCUGCUUCUAGAACACAUCGCUAUUUCCAAAUCAUUUGGAAGACUUAAUGGAUAUAAAAUUGACCCCAACCAGGAACUUAUUGCCAUAGGUGUUACAAAUACCAUUGGAAGUUGCUUUGGCGCAUAUCCUGCGACUGGAUCCUUCUCUCGAUCUGCGCUCAAAUCAAAGUCCGGUGUCCGUACCCCAGCUGCCGGUAUUUUGACUGCAAUCAUUGUCAUCACUGCCUUGUACGGUUUAACCGAUGCGUUCUUCUGGAUUCCCUCCGCUGGAUUAUCCGCUAUCAUCAUUCAUGCUGUGGCUGAUCUUGUGGCAUCACCAGCCCAGGUGUAUUCCUAUUGGCGGGUUUCUCCUCUGGAAUGGGUCAUCUGGGUAGCGGCCGUUUUAGUUACCAUUUUCUCGUCAAUCGAGAAUGGAAUCUAUACCUCAAUUGCGGCGUCAUUGGUUCUACUGCUAAUUCGCGUUGCCCACCCCCGCGGGUCAUUCUUGGGAAAAGUCACUGUUCGUGACAGCGGAUCGGAAGACCAGGCUACUCGAGAAGUCUUCCUGCCUCUAAGCAAAGGUGGAAUCGUCAACUCCGACAUCAAGGUUACGCCUCCUUCCCCUGGUGUUCUCGUUUAUCGAUUUGAAGAGAGUUACCUUUAUCCCAACUCUUCCAUUGUCAACUCUGCUCUCGUCGACUAUGUCAAAGAGAACAUGAGGAGAGGGCGCGACAUGUCUAACGUCAGCCUUAGUGAGAGACCUUGGAACGACCCUGGUCCUAGUCGCCGAGGAGCUGAAGAUGAUCAGGCUGAAAAUGAGAAGAAGCCAAUCCUACACGCUAUCGUCCUAGAUUUCUCCACAGUAUCUCACCUUGAUACCACAGCUACACAAGCUCUAAUCGACACUCGCACAGAAAUAGAAAAAUGGGCUGACCACCCAGUAGAGUUCCACUUUGCUUCUGUCCUUUCUCCAUGGAUCCGCCGCGCCCUCAUCGCUGGUGGGUUUGGAACAGGUAUCUCUGCCUCAAAAACACAUGACAUCGCUGCUGUCGUUCCCUAUCGCGACGGCGCCGAAGAACUACCGCGGUUCUCUAAAGAGAGGGAUGACGUCGAGUCUCUCAAGAAUUUGAAGGGGCGGUCAUCACCCUCACCUUCAAAAGACGGAUACGUCGAUGUUAUUUCCAGCGAUACACCCUUCUUCCACAUUGACCUUGCGGGUGCUGUGAAAGCUGCUGAGUCAGGACUUCAUCGUGUUCUCUAA